CCCAGGGUGUGCGGGGGCCUGCCCGGGGGCCCUCAGAGAGCUCACGGGUCUCGCUGACUUGGUGUUGAAAGGUUCACCCGGCAGAAAGGCCCUAGCAGUGUUUCUGGGGAAGUCCUCCUCCAUUCCGUGCUUACUCAGAGGGGGAGGCCCCACGCCCAGAGACGCCGGCAGUGACCUGUACCGCCCCACCCGUCUGCCCACCCUCCUACCAUUGAUGCCAAGAUGCCGUCUGCAAUAGAGUGACCGCCCUAAAUGAGCUGGCUAUAGGCUCUGCUUUUAUUAAGCUCUCCACCCUCCACCCCACCCUUCAAUUACCACUGCAGUCCGGUCUGCAGUCCUGGGAGGCUGCUGGGCUGCGUUGAUUUGAAAGGGGCCAGGCUUGGGGACACAGACGGCUCAGGCAGUAAUAAGUCCUAUCGGCUGACUUCGGGACCAAGAAGUAGUUAAUCAGAUUCCCUGAGGCCUGUUUCCGUGCUAGAGUUCCUGCAGCUCCUGCACAGAGGCCAGCCCUUCAAAUUCCGCAUUUGUUUAGUCUGGGUCAUUCUGACCUCUCUGCUACUGGAGAAUGUAUUUACCGGGCAAUCAAAGAUCUAUUCCUACAUGAGCCCCAACAAAUGCUCUGGAAUGCGUUCCCCCCUUCAGGAAGAGAACUCAGUUGCACAUCACGAAGUCAAAUGCCAGGGGAAGCCAUUAGCCGGACUCUACAGGAAACGAGAAGAGAAAAGGAACAGUGGGAACGCAAUCCGAAGCACCAUGAAGUCCGAGGAACAGAAGAUCAAAGACGCCGGGAGAGGUCCCCUGGCACCUUUUCCAAACCAAAAAUCUGAAGCAGCAGAACCUCCAAAAACUCCGACCUCGUCUUGUGACCCUCCCGUCGCAGCCGUCGCCAAGCAGGCCCUGAAAAAGCCCGUCAAGGGCAAACAGGCCCCUCGGAAGAAAGCUCAAGGAAAAACACAACAGAAUCGCAAACUCACGGAUUUCUACCCCGUGCGAAGGAGCUCCAGGAAGAGCAAAGCUGAGCUGCAGUCUGAAGAGAGGAAAAGAAUAGAUGAGUUGAUUGAAAGCGGGAAGGAAGAAGGAAUGAAGAUUGACCUCAUCGAUGGCAAGGGCAGGGGCGUGAUCGCCACCAAGCAGUUCUCCCGGGGCGAGUUCGUGGUAGAAUACCACGGGGACCUCAUCGAGAUCACCGAUGCCAAGAAGCGGGAGGCUUUGUACGCACAAGACCCCUCCACGGGCUGCUACAUGUACUAUUUCCAGUAUCUCAGCAAAACCUACUGCGUGGAUGCAACUAGAGAGACAAAUCGCCUGGGAAGACUGAUCAAUCACAGUAAAUGUGGGAACUGCCAAACCAAACUGCACGACAUUGACGGCGUGCCUCACCUCAUCCUCAUCGCCUCCCGCGACAUCAAGGCCGGGGAGGAGCUCCUGUAUGACUAUGGGGACCGCAGCCGGGCUUCCAUCGAAGCCUAUCCCUGGCUGAAGCAUUAACCACCCCGCCCUCCCCGCCCCCCUCCCUUCUUCCAUGGACAAAGUGCCCUCAAAGGGAAUUGAUUUUUUUUUUUUUACACACUUAAAUCUUAGCAGAUUACUUCAGAUGUUUUUAAAAAGUAUAUUAAGAUGCCUUUUCACUGUAGUAUUUAAAUAUCUGUUACAGGUUUCCAAGGUGGACUUGAACAGAUGGCCUUAUAUUACCAAAACUUUUAUAUUCUAGUUGUUUUUGUACCUUUUUUGCAUACAAGUCAAACGUUUGUGCUUCCCGUGCAUGCAGUCAAAGACGCAGCACAGGCUUUAGAGGAAAGAGUGGACAUGAAUUAGGAAGCUGGGCGACCCUCCUGCCUCCAGCCGCAGAGCCAGGACUCUCUUCCCCACGCCCCCGACGGCCGGCGGCCGAGCGCAGGCGAGUCCCGGAAGACGCUGCCUCCCGAGGCCCGGACGGGGUGUUCCCAAGCUCUUGUUUUCCUGACGUCUGGACAGGCGCACAAGGAAGUGUAUGAAUAUUUUUUAAAAAGGUUUCGCAGUAAGCUAGUCUUCCCCUCCGCUUUCUCGAAAGCUUACUGACCCAGUGGCCCGUGAGCACGGUUCACUCUUCCGCAGGCCGCCGCUUCUCUGGGCGCCUCCGCGCGUCGGGGCGGGCGGUCAGAGUCGACGUGGGCAGGGAAAAGCGUUGCUUGCCUAGCCCUGCCGGGGCAGGGUUUCCCAAAACUGGGUUAAUUCUUUAUAGAAAUGUGAACACUGAGUUUAUUUUAAAAAACAAUAAUAAAAAUUUAAAAAUUUAAAAAGACAAAAAAAAAAAACCACAGAAAACAACUUACAUGUAUAUAGGUCUUGAAGUGAGUGAAGUGGCUGCAUUUUUUUUUCUUCUUUCUCUUUCUCUUUUUUUUUUUUUUUUUUUUGGUUUUUGUUUUUGUAGGAGAGAUUUGAGAUGGUACUCUAUUCUAAUCAAAAAUAAAAGUUUUGUAGUGGGACCAGAAAUUACUUACCCAAUAUUCCGCCGCCCCCCCCCUCCACCCCGCCCCCCCCCCCCCCCCCCAAACCCUGACCCAAUUCCAAUGGGUUGAAAGUUCCAGACCUGCUGUCAGGCUUUCUGUCUGUCAGACCACCUGGUAUCCUUCCUGCAAAACUGAAGAUGCAGCCAUGAACCGAAGGGGGAGCCUGCUGGCCCUGAAAUGCGUGGCCCCCACCCCAGCCGCUGAUGUGCAGGGGAGUGGGCAGGCCCGGCAGCCCAGGGAUCAAGGCUAAGGGUAAAGUUUUCACCUUGACUGUGAUGCAGGAGGAGUAGGUAGCUUCCUCCUCCCUCCCGAAGGGAGACCUGUUCUCUCUGUUAACCUGCAGUCCAGGGGGCCGUGGCUCUGAAGCCAUGACCUGGGGUUUCCCGGCCUCCCCUGGUCCCGGGUAAAUGUGAAUGGAGACAGGUAUGAAAGCCUGUCCUCAACCUUGAUGCUCCCCUGGCCCCCACCCCGGCCUCACCACGGUGCUACCUACGAAAGUCUUCCCGCCCCUGCCCCCCCACCCCACCCCCCACACUUGCCUGGUCAGUGGUCAGAGAAUUGGAGGAGGAUCCGACAGAGUGUGUAAAUGUGAGAUAAAAUGUCUUGGUUGUACCUGUUUGUGGUUUAGCUUUGUAUUUAAAAAAGAAAAAAAAGGAAAUAACUUGAAAAUUAUUUGUCAUCAUAAAAAUGAAACAAAAAUUAAAAUAUUUAUUGCCAGGCGA